AUGCAUUUGCCAUUACAAGCGCUGUCCCUUUCGCUGCUGCUGGCUCUGCCUGCUACCGUUCGCGCUGUCUUCAAGGACGAAGCCGGCCACAUCGACUACCACCACGAGCUCCUCGGUGUCCCACAACGCGAGACCACCUUCUUCCAUCACCCGAGACCCCAAGAGAAAGCGAGCCUCCUCUAUACCCUGAGCGACCUAGGCGUACUGGGCGCCGUCAACCCCGGCAAUGGCGCUAUCGUAUGGCGACAGCUGCUGAGCGGCAAUGUUACCGACGGCGGUGGACAUCUGCGAGCCGCUGCCGACGACACAUGGCUUGCGAGCGCGUACGGUAGCUCGGUGCAUACAUGGGACGCCAUCAGCGGACGCAGCAUCUGGUCUCUCGACUUCGACGGCGUCGUCAAAGACCUCGAGAUCAUGGAGAUGGCUGCGGAGGAUCGCAAGGAUGUUCUGGCUCUCUAUGAGGAAGAAGGCGUGACCGUCGCCCGAAGAAUACACGGAACCGAUGGGCGCGUUCUGUGGGAGCACAGAGAAGUGAACAAGGACCUUCCUCUGCAGGUGAGCACCGACGUUGAGAAGAUCUUCGUUGUGACUCUACACGGAUCGCUGCUUUCCUACAGCCUCAAGGUCAUUGUGUUGGAUCCUGCGACCGGUCAGAAGCUGGACGAGAUCUCAAUCGGCACCAAGGGCGAGGUCCAGAAGGCGGAGGAUGUCAUGUUUGUCGGCGCCAACUCGGCCUCUCCCAUUGUGGCUUGGACGGACAACACCUUGACGAAACUGAAGGUCAACGUUCUGGGCACCAAGAAUAGGCAGGAGUUCCCUCUCGAUGCUGAUACAGUUGGCGUCGAGGUUCAUGCGCCGCAUACUGUUCAGUCGGCACCGCACUUCCUGGUCCAUUCUCGCACAAAGUCGGGCAGUAAAGCAGAUGUCUUCCACGUCGAUCUCAAGAGCAGUGCCAUCAGCAAGGCUUACGACCUCCCAUUGCUAGAAAAUGGCAGCGCGUUCUCCACAAGCUCAUCUGCUGCGAAUGUCUACUUCACCCGAGUCACGGCCGACGAGGUCAUCAUCACAUCGUCGAGUUCCCACGAGAUUCUCGGUCGCUGGCCUCUUCUGAAGACAGGCACGGAGGAGGUUGGUGCUGUACAUGCCGUCUCGGAAGUCCUCAAGAAGGAUGAGGCUACCUAUGCCGUACGAUCGGCAGUCGUAACUGACGCGGAUGACUGGUCCCAGAUCGUGAACGGCGACCUCACAUGGACCCGGCCGGAGGGCAUGAGUGGCGCCGUUGCUGCUACGUGGGCUGAGAUUCCCGAAUCUGAAGAUCUUGCAAAGACUCUGGACGCAGAAGCUCAUAGCAACCCGCUGGCAGCCUACAUUCACCGCGUCAAGCGCCAUAUUGAUGACCUUCAGUACCUACCAGACUAUCUUCAGUCUGUUCCCAAACGUCUACUUAGUAGCAUAGUCGGUUCAGACACCACCGCCUCCAGUCACGCCCUAUCACGAGAUAGCUUUGGGUUCAACAAGCUCAUCGUGUUGGCUACCAAGCGUGGCAAGCUGUACGGUCUCGAUGCCGGCAGCCAUGGAAGAGUUGUCUGGUCCAAGAACGCCAACGAGACGCCGUCUGGCAAGCGUUGGGAUGUGAAAGCGAUCCAUGCCGACGACGUCAAGGGUUUCGUAACGGUCCGUGGGGCCGAUGGCGAAUUCAUCAUCGUCAAGUCAGACACUGGCAAGACCGUCGAGGCGAUGCCAUCUGGCCUAUUCCCACCUGUGGACGGUGCUGUCGUCGUUGACAGUGAUGCUGGCCCAUGGCUACUUCCCAUUGGGCGUGAUGGCAAGUUCCCCGAAAUGCAAAGCUCGUAUGCACCCAAGCAAACUGUCGUCUCGCGUACCGGCAAUGAGGUCAAGGGUGUGACUUUUGAGUCUAAGGGUGAGCAGGCUGCCGAGGUGCUAGCUUGGAUGUUUUCACCCCCUGCUGGACAGAAAAUCGUCAGCCUUGCAGGUCGGCCAAAUCAUGAUCCCAUAGCUUCUAUCGGCCGAGUGCUGGGAGACCGCAGUGUUAAGUACAAGUACUUAAAUCCCAACACCCUCGUGGUGGCAGCCAUUGAUGAGCAGGCGGCUUCGCUCUCUGUCUAUCUUUUGGACACCGUCUCCGGGCAAGUCCUGACUUCGUCUACCUACGAAGGGGUCGACCCCAACAAGGACGUUACGUGCGCUAUUUCCGAGAAUUGGUUCUUGUGCUCCUUCUACGGCCAGUACCAGCUACGAGAAGGCCAAGAACAAAAUCUCAAGGGAUACCAGCUGGUUAUAUCCGACCUCUAUGAUUCAGAGCUGUCUGAUGACCGUGGAGCUCUGGGCGAUUCGGUCAACUUCUCUUCUCUCGAGCCAAACGAUUUACCCACUGGACCUGUCCUCCCAUCUGUCGUAUCCAAAACUUUCAUUCUAUCCGGGCCCAUCACGUCUUUGGCGGUUAGUCAGACCCGACAGGGCAUCGCCACUAGACAAGUGUUGGCCUACAUGCCCGAGUCUCACUCUAUUAUCGGUCUUCCUCGCAUGUUGCUCGAGCCCCGCCGGCCAGUUGGACGAGAUCCGACACCUGUCGAACUCGAGGAGGGCUUGAGCAGAUACUUUCCCGCAAUCGAACUCGACCCGCGCAUGGUCAUCACUCAUCUACGGGACGUGGUUGGAGUGCGGGAAAUUAUCACGGCCCCAGCGAUCCUCGAGAGUACCAGUCUCGUCUUUGCGUAUGGCGUUGAUGUUUUCGGUACGCGGGUUGCCCCGAGUCAAGCCUUCGAUGUUUUGGGCAAGGGGUUCAAUAAGUUGGCGUUGAUUGGCACGGUUUUAGCACUGAUGGCUGGCGUGGUGGCUUUGGGACCAAUGGUCAGGAAAAAGCAGAUUAACUUGCGCUGGCAGGCGCCGAUCACUGGCGGAGGCGUGUGGGCUCAACAGACACUAGGCAAGUUCUUCCAGCAGCGCCAGUCGCCCUCACAGGACGAAUGCUGCCAGACGGCUUGGUCUCUGCUACCCGGCCACGAAAGCAUUGCGACUAGUCAACACGCCGGGCUACCUGAGCUACACUGUCAUCGGCACAUCCAGCUCGUACACGAUGGUUACCUCGCACGCGCCUUCUGCACCCUUAGCCCACCGCCGUUUGGGGAGGGCGUGUCGACGAAGUAG